AUGCGACAUCGGGACCAGCUGCGGCCGAUAUUCCAGCACUACGCGAGCGUCGGGACGAAGGAUAACUACACGUACCUCUCGCGGACGCAGUUUUUGCGGUUCGCGCGAGACUGCGGGCUCGUCGUCGACGGCGACGAUCGCGUCGCCGUCGACCUCGUCUUCGAUCACGUCGUGAAGACCGCGGCGAUCGGCGGCGGCGACGUCAAGGGAAGCCGCCUCUCGUUCCACGAGUUCCUCGGCGCGCUCGGCGCGCUCGCGCUCGCGAUGUACGACGACGUCCUCGAGGUGGAUCGAAAAUGGAAUCCGACAUCGGGAAGCGGCGUCGCGUUCGGCGGCGGCGGCGCGGGCGUCCCGGGCGCGCCGACGACGACGACGGCGACGGUGCGCGUCGUCGGCGGGCGGCUCACCGCGGACGCGUCGCCGUCGCCGUCGCCCGGGCAAUUCGCGCCGUCUCCCUUCGGCGACGACGACGGCGAAUUCGACGGCGCUCGCACGGCCAACUACACCGACGAGGGCGGCGGUCGCGGCGGCGGCGACUCGCCGAGCGCGGCAGCCUCCCCGCCGUCGCCGUCGCCGUCGCGCGGCGCACCGUUCCCGACCGGGAUGGAACUCGCCGCGCGCGGGGAGGCGUCGUUCCUCUCCCCAUCCCGCGGCGCGCUGCGCGUGCGUCCGAGUUCGAAGAUGACGUCCGACGCGUACUCGCGGUCGCUGUCGACGACGCGCUCCAAGGGCCGGCUCCGCGAGGGCGGCGCCACGCUGAGCGCGGGCGACGCCGUGCGGAUUCUCGUCGACGAGUGCGUGCUGCCGUGCGCGGCGCGCGUCAGCGAGCCGAGCGAGGACGCGCACCGAGACGCGGUGCGAUGCUCCGGGGUGCGUCACCUCCUGAGAGAGCACGAGAGAGAGCUGAAGCGGAUGUUUCAUCACUACAGCGCCACCGAGCUCAUCGUCGCGGAGAAGCCGCGGGGGACGGCGCGGCGGUUGCGCUGGAGCGACGUCGCGCGCGAGGACGGCGGCAUGAGCAAGACGGAGUGGAAGCGCUUCCUCCUCGACUUCCGCGUGUUUCCGGAUCUCGUGUCCGAGGUGCAGGCGAUGCGGAUCUUUCGGAAGGCGAACCACGGCGCGAGGAGAGACUCGGACGAGCGAGCGCUGUCGUACGACGAGUUCACCGAGUGCCUCGCGCGCGUCGCGCUGACGCACGGCGGGUACAAACCGAAUCCGGGCGGCGACGGCGCGCUCGCGGAGCGCGCGCCGCCGCCGCCGCCGCAAUUCGCGCGAGCGGCGACGAUGAUGCCGAUGCAUCAAGCGGUGAGGGCGGACGGGUCGCCGACGCGAGGCGAGCACCGGACGCUCGUCAGGGAGGCGUCCGGGACGUACCGCGACGCGUACGGCGAGCGCGUGAAAACGCCCGAUCUCGAGGCGUUACGCGACGACCCGGACGCGAGAGCGGCACCGAAAUUCGUCAUCCGGCUGACCCCCGGGUUCUCCAAAGACGGCGCCGGCGCGCGCGCGCCGCUGUACAGAGAGAGGAGUUACAUGUACAAGGAGAGCAGGACGCCGCACUCGAACGUCUCCCCUUCCUCCGCGCGGUACGACCGCGUCGUCGAGGAGCAGUACUGCCCCGUCGCGGGCUCGCCGGCGACGUACCACAGAGCCAUGGUGGACAACCUCUCGCGGCGGGACGAGAAGAUCGAAGCCGCGGAGCUUCGCAGGCGCGAGACGGUGCUCAGACAGCGCGCGCGCGUGCGAGAGAUGACGAACCGGAGGAAAGAGAAACGGCUGGAUCUCGAGGCGCACGUCGGGCGCCGAUACGAAGAGAUCGCGCCGCCGAGGUGGCAGCCGGAGUACGCGAUGAUCAGCGAGAACAACGGGACGGUGAAAAACCUGCCGAGAUGGCGGCCGCCGACGACAGGAGUGACGCUCGCGAAGAAGUCCGGGUCGGCCCCCGAGGCGUCUUUCGAGUACGAGUAUUCUCAUCGCGCGAAGACGACGGCGACGGAGCUGCCAGACAUCCACGACGGGUACACGCGCGGGAGCGCGAAUAAGAUGCCGAACGUGUUGACCGUGAAACGGCUCCCUCAAGGGCGUUUCAUGCCUACGAACACCCUCGGCGGCGCGAAGACGGGGCUGUUCGGGCCGAGGGGCGCGACCGCGACGAGCGAGCGGACGACGGGGGAGGGGCUGCGAGACUAUCGGAUCUCGUUCGGGGAGACGACGUUUUCGCCCGGUCGAAGGCUCGUCGAGCCGACGUACUGA